AUGCUGCGCGUCGUGAUGCUUGCCGUCUUCGGCCUGGUGGCGACCGUUUUGGCCGUCAACUUGGUGUCGUUGGACAAGGACGGCAUCUUGGACAGUGACACACUCAAGGAGUUCAGUAGCUUCAAGUCUCGCUUCAAUCGCGCAUGCUCGGACGGGUCUGCGGAGUGCAAACGUAAGAAGCAGGCGUUCAAAGCCAACCUGAAGAAGCUGAAAUCGUUGAACGCCACGAAGAAGAAGGGAGGAGCCGAAUAUGGUAUCACCGAGUACCUCGACUGGGAUCCGGAGGAGCUGAAGAAGCUGGUUUUUAACAUCGAUACACUUCCUGCCCCCUUGAACCUCAGCAGCGUCGAUGCGGAAGGUCGCUCGAAAAGAGCCAACAUCGGCACAAAAGAUUGGCGGACCACCCAGGCCGUCAACCCCAUUAGGAACCAGGGCUCAUGCGGAUCGUGUUGGGCUUUUGCAUCGGUGGCAGCCAUCGAAAUCCAAUCCAACUUCCUCAAUAAACGCACCGGUGCCAAGCGACGUGCUUAUUCGGAGCAGCAUUUGCUCAACUGUGUCGCAGGCAAUACGUGCAACGGCGGCUGGCCCAUCACUGCCAUGACCUAUGCGAAAACGAAAGGCCUGGCCAGGGCGGUCAAUCAGAAAUACACCGGCAAGAUGGUGGCUUGCCCGAAGAAGCUGGCCGUUGACAAGCCUGUUGCUAACGUACUCGACAUGACCGGGAAGCUUGCACAGAUGCAGAGUUAUGUCCAAAAUACUGGUCCAAUUACGGCCGCCUUCUACGUCUGCAACGACUUCUACAUGUACACCGGCGGCGUCUACCGUACCCAGUGCACCUACGAUAAUCCGGAAUUCGUUGGCGGGCAUGCUGUAGCUAUCAUUGGAUUUGGCACCACCGCUGAUGGCGUUGACUACUGGCUGGUUCGCAACUCGUGGGGCGUCAAUUGGGGCAUUAAUGGGUAUUUCAUGAUUGAGCGCGGUACCGAUACCUCUUAUUUCGAGUCACAUCAUGAGCUGUACGUUCCAGCAAAACUCGUCGCAUUCCUCAUCACCAUCGUCAUCAGCAUCCUCCUUCAUCACUUCUUCGAGAAACCACUCCUCCGCGCUGAUUUCCAAAUUGUUCUCAUCGUGCUAACAAUAUUAUUUGCGGCCAUUGGCACCUUAUUCUAUGGAAUUCCUCGAAUCGAGAGUUUACAAGAAAGAGCAAAAUCCGGCAAUACCACUAAAGAAAUCAAUGCAAAAGCAAUAGCCUGGCAUCUGGCCAAUAUGCAAUACUACUCAAGGGUUAAUGGGAAAUUUGUGUAUCAGGAUCCGGCUGUUAUCGGAGAGAUGGGACAUGCUGUUUAUCAGAAUGGAACCGGCCGGACGAGUCUAAUGUUACUGGGAAAUUCUUAUGCCCCACAACGAGCAUCGGCCCUAGAAAAAGCGGUUCCUCUGGCAAAACGCUCGACGCUAGACAUGUUUGGCACUCCAGGACCGGUAGCGCUCUUUAACGAGUUGCCAGAGCAUAGCGAGUAUCUCUGGAGGUUGAUUGAAGAAAGGAAACCGGAUGUGGUGUAUGUUUGUUUAAGGUACAUCGCUACAUUCGGAAAAUACGACGAAUUUUCCGAAAAUGGCGAUGACGCAAAGACAAAGGCGUAUUUGGCAGCUAUCCAAAGGCUAAGCAAUUUCACCAAGCACAUCAUCGUCGAGCUCGACUUUCCGUUCCGGUGCGAGCCCAGGCCCGGGAAGCCGGCAGUGGAAAAUAUACAAAAUUUCUUGAAUGACGUCAUCGACUCGUUGGAGCGCGACAAACCCUUGGAUGGCUUGAAUUUAUCAUUUAAUGCAACGGAAUAUGAGCAAAAUCGAGCUAGAAGACGUUGGCGUUUUGUUCAAAAACAGUGCCCGAAAUGCCAGUUGUUCGAUUUAAUCCCAGCAUUUCUUGAUUCCGAAGGGCACAUUUUCCGGAUGUCUGAUCCGGCUACGAAACACUCGUAUCUUGACAAUCAAUGCCAUCAUACCGAAGCUGGCCUAGCCGUCAUGGAAGACCCCAUUCGGAAGGUGUUGGCUCCGUAUUUG